AUUAUUUCGAAAAAACAGGCAAACUUUAGAAGGUAAAGCGAGGUUCUGAAGACUAACCAGACAACUGAUUGCUGGCAUCGUUGAUUUGUCCGCGGCAGUUGUCGGCAGAUGUGAGCAAAUGAAAUGUUUUUCUUAAAGGAAUUGUGUUUCUUGAUAUCUCUGAUUGGACAUUCUACAGGUAAUGAUGGUGAGCUCAAAUUCAAUAUGGUAGGCUUCACUUCAACUCCUGUUGUUAAUGAUAUUGGGCAAAAUGAUGUUCGUGGUUACACACUGGGCUCCGAUAGAUCAAAUAAUAUCACACUCAACAUUUUACUCGUAGUCAACACAAGUCUAUCAGGACAACCGCUAUGCGAAAAUCCUCUCUUGGAUGUUACAUGUGAAUUAACAACAAUUCCUAAGGUAAAUUCGACUCGGCUUGAAGCUCACAUUAUUAGCAAUGCUGAACCUCGAAUAGGCGUAUUUACUGCGUACGCUGAGAAGGGUAAUCGAAGUGGCACUGCUACUAUAAUAGUUCACCAUGCAAAGACCCCUGUAAUACCAAUUGUUCGCACCAAGACUGUCAGUGUAUGUGAUAGUAACGUUACAUUGAGCGUAAAUCAAUCUAGUGGAAAUAUUGAAAGCUUACGAUGGGCGAAGAAUGGAGAUUAUAACGAAGAAUGGGAUGGGCUAACGGAGAUCUUUUUCAAAAAUAUUACACUGAAUGAUUCUGGGAUUUACGAAUGUUAUAUAAAUGGCAGCCGGAAUGAAGGAAAAUACGCAUUCAUGCAGAUGAUAGUAAGAGAAUGUCCACAUAACAAAUGGUCCCCGCCGAAUUGCAUUAUGGAGUGUGACGUUUGCUACAAUGGAGGAGUGUGCGAUACAUACAUCGGAACCUGCAUAUGUCCUUCGGGAUUUAUUGGAAAUAGAUGCGAAAUACCUGCUGGUGGUAAUCUUUUUGGACGUGAUGGUAAAGUUACGUGCAGCAGCAGUACAAUUGAUAACGGAUGCAGAGGGAAUCUGAUUUGUCCACCUAUGCCACAAGGUUGUGCCUGUCACGCUGGCUGGAAAGGACUCGACUGUAAUACAGAAUGUGAAGCAGGCAAGUAUGGCGCUGACUGUCGGCAAAUUUGUCAUUGUGACGCUGAUCAGUGCGACCAUUCCAGUGGCUGUAAUGAGAACGCAACAUGUCACACUGGCUACAAUGGUACAAGAUGUUUAGAUUCAACCGCCAUUAUCAAAAUAAUUUGUGAGGACCGUACAGAUAAUUUGACGUGUGACUCUAUGUACACGAUACGCGUACUUACUGCAGUCUAUGGCCGAAUGCACCCUGGUGUGGUUUACUGCAAUCACCAAUAUAGCACAAAUUGCACGAUGGACGUGUUUCAGGACAUCUCUGGGAUGUGUGAUGGUAAAAACAGAUGUACUAUAACCGCUUCAAAUAGCAAUUAUGAUGACCCUUGUGAGGGUACCCACAAGUACUUGAACAUUAAAUAUGAAUGCAUGAUACUUUCUGAAGACAGUCCUACAUCUUUCAGAGGGCACACCACUCAUGGCAGAGUGCAUUCUAUUAAUCAUACGGCGUGUAGUGUGACAACAACUGAUGGUAACGUACUUAGUACCAAAUUAACAUGGAUCUAUAAUUCAUACUAUAGCUCCAUGAUAGUUUGUUUAGGCAUGGAGGAAUAUGUUUAGACUAAACUUAUUCGCCCAUGAUGGUUUAAUUCAUGUAUCAGUCAAUCGCGAACCCUGUUGGUAAAAGACGAUGAAGAAUGGUUGAUGCCAGUUAGUUAUACACAUAUAUGCACUAAUCCUUUAUUUUACAGCACUACUGAGGUUAUUGUAAUGGAAUAUUUUAACUGGAAAAGUAGUUUUUGGAGAUUUUUCAGAUUUCUAUACCAGAAUUAUUUUGAUAAGGACAUUCACAGUCAUCCGCCAUUAUCACUGGUCUGGUUGUAAAAGCAAUCUUCCAAGCCGACUCUCAACGAAGGCAAAUUGUUUCCGGACAACGUGUCGAAUGCAUUCAAUCCUGUUGAAUUACCGAAAUGAAAAAUGGGAUAACCAUGUUAAAAGAAGUAGUAUACCCAGCAAAUGUAGUCUAAGGCAAUGGAUUGAAGCUACAAAUAUUGGCGUAUGUUAUCCAAUCCAAUCCAAUCUUCGACUUACAAGGCGCAUUAUACAAGCCUAACGCCAAUUUGAGGGAGUGCUCAGGAAAAAAGAAACAAAUGGAGAAAGCUGAAUACAAGAGAAAAAGCAGCAAGCAGAAAAGAGAGAACAGAAGAAAAACAAAACGACAUAAAGAAAACAUUAAAAUGAACAGUCACAUCAUUGAUUUCCAAAUACGAUCAUCGAGAUAUACUAUACGAUUGAGCUAUAUGAUCGUGCAUGGUUCCAGUAACACAUAGAAUUAGACUGUUACAGUGUUAAAUCACAUUUGACCGUCAAUAUCAAAACCGUAAUAUUGUAUCGUACUAUUCGCUUAAGAAUUAUAUAGAGUAAAUUUUAGGUAUAUUUUAUAAGAAUUCUAAAUAAGUUUUGUGAAUAAUAUAAAAUUUGAUACUAAACAAUGACAUGGCAGCAGACAUAGGCUAAUCGUAACAUUAAUUUGAUGAUCUUAAUUAUUAAUUAAUUUAAUUGAAAGAUGUUUAAACAAUUAAUUAGCCACCCUAUCAAUCAAUCAACUAAAUAAUCAAUCAACCAAUCAAAUAUAUCAAUUAGUCAAUAAACCAAUCAAUUAUUGAAGCAAUACAUUUUAGCUAUAGAAAAAAUAGAAGUCAAAAUCAUACCAACAAUUUUAUUAACAACCAAUAAAAAUAUUACCUAAUAAUAAUAAUUAGUUUAUUGAUAUUAUUAUCACUAUCAUUGACAUUAAUAUUACUAU